GCCCCAAAUCUCAUAAUUGACGAAAGAAUCCUUUCCCCCAAGUACCGUUAUAUAUAUAAAACCAGAAAAAAACCCAUCACAGCAAUGCGGGAGAUUGUCACUCUCCAGCUGGGCAACCUCAGCAACUACGUCGCCACUCACUUCUGGAACGCUCAAGAGUCCUACUUCACCUACGCCGAGGACGAAACCUCACUCGUUGAUCACAACAUUCACUGGCGGCCGGGCAUUGGCGAGGAUGGAUCGGAGACGUUUCUGCCGCGGGCGGUCGUGUAUGAUCUAAAGGGCGGCUUUGGGCCGCUGAAAAAGGUCAAUCCCAUGUAUGAGGUUGCGCCGGGCCAGGAUGCUGCUCUGGCUUCUCUAUGGCCAGGUCAACCGGCAGUCCACAGACAGACCCCCCUAUCGCAAAACACCUACCAGCAAGCCCUCGACGCAGGGCUCAAGCCGAGCGCCCUCCAGGCGUCAGACGUGCGCUACUGGUCCGACUACUCGCGCGUCUACUACCACCCCAAAUCCCUGGUGCAGCUGUACGACUUUGAGCUCAACUCGAGCAUCAUGCCGUUUGAGCGCUUCGAGACGGGCGCGGAGCUCUUCGAGUCGCUCGACAAGGAGGACGAGAUUGUCGACCGCGACUGGCGGCCCUUUGUGGAGGAGUGCGACCAGAUGCAAGGCGUGCAGGUGUACGCCUCGCUCGACGACGCCUGGGGCGGCUUCGCGAGCUCCUAUAUUGAGCGGCUGCGGGACGAGCAUCCCAAGACGUGCGUCUGGGUCUGGGGCGUGCAGAGCCCCGUCGCGGGCGUCCCGAGGGAGAAGAGGAGGGUGAGGCUGGCCAACACGGCGCUGAGCCUCAACUCGGCGUGCGCGCAGGCGUCCAUGGUGGUGCCGCUGGGCGUGCCUGAUGGUGCGCGGGCUGUUCCGGCGAGCAUAGCCGUCGAUAGCGCCUCGCCGUGGCAUGUCUCCGCGCUGCUGGCGACGGCUACGGAGAGCGCGUCGUUGCAGUCCAGGCUACGGCUCGGCGGCGGGUCGUCGCGGCCGUUGGGGCUGUCUGAUAUGGCCGAGUGUCUGAACGUUUCUGGCCGGCAGACUCUUGCCAACAUGAGGAUGGGCGUUGGGCCGCACGCCGUCGACGCCGGGGAGCGGCCGGAGAUGGACUUGUCGCAAAUUGGGAGCUUGAAGGAUGGCGCUGGCAGGCUGGGGAGCAGCGGCGGCGGCAGUGAGCGGGCCUUUGGCCGGCUGUCGUCUGUUCGCAGGCCGGAGGGGGCGAGAGACGAGUCGGGGGAUGUGACGAUGACGGAACAGCGUCCCAUUAUCGGAAGCUCAGUUGUUCGAAACCAUCAAACACCCCUAUUAUACCCCCUCCUCGACAGCUUCCCCUCAAUAUACAACUACGACCUCCAAGGCCGCGAGAGCAUCCCCGUGCACACCACCCUGACGUCGGACGGCUCCAUCGUGCACAGGAUGAGGAACCUGCGCACCCAGGUUGCGCCGUCCAUUUCGCUCGAGGAGCGGGAGAACUUGGUCAACGGCUUGGCGGAGCUGGGGGCUGCGUAUGAGGAUGAGUGGUCGAGCGGGAGUGAUUCGGGGGAUGACGAUCUCUGAUGAGAGUUGCAUCUGACUGAGAGAGGUAGUCCUUCUCCUCCAUUCUCCCUUUGGUCUCGCCACG